UUGCUGCACCUCAGUCUCUCUUUCAUGUUUUGCGGGUAAAUCUAUUCACUUUAACUGAUGCAAGCGCAAGUUACAUGAAACAUUCGGUACCUGAGACCGAAGCAUCCCGUCCCAGCAGCGGACGCCUCACGCCGUGCACGCUCCCACAUACAAGCACCCCUCCCCGCACAAGUGCGUCCUGUGGGAGGUUCCCCUUACCUCCCUUGCGUUAACCACUGCUCAAAUUGUUACGUUAUCAUAAACAGUCUGGCUUCGGGGGGCCGUAAUCACAUCUCUGGGGCCUUUACCGAGGCUUCUCAUUGGACGCCAACACGCGACCUGCGCGAGGAGGGGGGCCGCCAGGCGCGUGCCGCUUUUUAAACCGACGCAGCGCCUUGAGACACACCAGAGAAGGAGUCAUAUUCACCCAGCGCGACAUCAUAGCGGUGCGCGCCUCCAAGGAGAAAAACAAAUCGAGCAUUGUAAAGUCGCUUCAACUUUGCCCGUCGUGUGUUUUUUAUUAUUUAUUUAUUUAUCUAUCUGGAAACAUGGAUGUCCGAAGUGUGGGAGACUGGAGCAGAAGCGAGGUGGCAGACCUCAACUCGCGGCAGCAGCUCGCGGAGUCCCGCUACGAGCCCGGACACAGCGGCAGUGACCCACGCGCCUGGCUGGCUCCGGCGCAGCCUUCUGGCACCUGCGCGGCACACGCCCGUUCACCCGACCGCCUGCGGGACUCGCCCUGCCCGAGCACCGGCUCCUUCCAAGAGAGCGGUUCCCCGGAGUCCUCGGGCCACCCCAGCCCUCUCAGCUACAGAAUAACUGCCAAUAGCCCCUCCUCUUCUUCCUCGCUCAAAGUCAGGGACCUGUGCCGUCUUCAAGGCACGGCCAGCUGCUCCGACGAGGAGACAACCGCGAGACAGAGAGCCCAGUCCAGCAGACCGGUCCACGUGGUCCACAAACAGAGGCGCGUAGCCGCCAACGCGCGCGAGAGGAGGCGGAUGCACGGGCUCAACUACGCGUUCGACGAGCUGCGCAGCGUCAUCCCGGCGUUGGACAACGACAAGAAGCUCUCCAAAUAUGAAACUUUACAGAUGGCGCAAAUUUAUAUCAAUGCCCUGGCUGAUCUGCUCCAAGCUCCGUCCCCAACCUCUACUAGCACCACCACCAGCAGCACCACCUCCUCCUCCUCCUCCAGCAGCAGCAGCACCACUAACGACGUCUCAAACAAUAAAAACAACUCGCCGAAGUGUGACAUUACGCUUCCACCCACCGUUGGUUUUGACGGGGCGAAGAACAGGGCUCCCCCGUCUCUGGCCGCCUGUAGGACAGCAGCAGCCGCUGGGCCCGUCUCAGGUGGGGGCUUACCUGUCCACAUCGGCGGGACGCCGUUCCACCCCUCCUUCGACGACGGGUCCUUUUCCGCCAUGGUCGAAGAGGCAAUGCGGUCGGCAUCUCCUUCUCCGUCGGCCCGGGGAAGCAACUCGCUCGCACCGGUCGGGGGGGGAGGGAAAGGGUCUCCCCGAAGCGACGGCGAGUUUUCCCCGCACUCCCACUUCAGUGACUCGGAUGAAAUAGCGAUGGAGCUCCACUCAAGUGAAGAGGAUGACUUCUCGGAGCUGAAGCUACGCAGCCACCGUCACCACACGGUUGCCUUCUGAGUGAUUCCUAAUAAAAAUGAGAAGAAAAAAAAGUGACUUUGUUGUGAAAGUUCACGAUCACAAAGUAAUGGCCGAUAACCGUGUCAACACGACGCGGAUCUGUUGCUAAAAUAAUGCCGUUAAGAUGGUGGAAAUGUCGUUUCAUUUUAAACAAUACUUUUAUUUGAAUGAUUUGUUACAUAGUUUAAAAGCUAUUUUUCGUGUGAGAUAGACCUAAUUCGGUUCUGCCAAUAGAUGUAUAGCCUAACAUUUCCAGUUUCCAUGGAGACGUGGCUGGAAGACCCCUCUGCCAUGUCGCGUGUAGCACUGCCAUGGGUAUUUCCCACGUCACUCCGACCAAAAAGGCUGUCUUCCACAAAAUAGUACCUUUUGGAUAAUUGCUUGUAUUUGAUAAUGUAAAACAAGUCUUUGUAUAGCUAUAAUAUGAUUUUUGAUGUGAUGAAUG